UCAAGAGUUCUCUCAUUGGCUUACUGCCUUUUAUGCCUUAUCUUCCAUAUGCACCGUGUUAGCAACUCUUUUAUGGCUUUCAGAUUGUUUGUUUGUUCAAUGGAUUCUUUAUGUUUUGAUGCCGUUAUUUUUUUUUGUGUUGAAUUCUUGGUAAAAUAGCUUGUGUUGCAGGCAGUUGUUCUUUAUGGAUUGUCGUCUCCUCAAUCUGAUAUGUCGGAAAGGAGGAGCAUAGGGAAGUUCCCUCAAAGAGACUACUAGUCUUUAAAGAUGCCACCAUCUCCCUCCCUGAGGAGGUCUCCUUCGAAGGAGAUUUCCCACAGGAGGGGCCGCAGUUUUGGGAGUGCAGUGCCUGCUAAAUCAAAGGAUGAUGAGCUCACAUUGUUCAGUGAUAUGCAGAAAAAUGACAAGGACAACUUCUUGUUGGAGUCAUCAGAUAAUUUUGAUGAAACGAUCUCAAAAUUGAGCUAUUUUCCGGAUCUCAAGCUUGGCGUCAACAUUGCCAGACGAGAAGAAAACCGUGAUUUUCUUAAUGUUGACGGUGAAAAGAAUGAUUAUGAUUGGUUAUUGACUCCUCCAGAAACACCACUUUUCCGUUCAUUGGAUGAUGAUGAAGACAAGCAUGCUGGUCCAGCUCCUAGGGGCAGGCCUCAGACUAAGCCGAUAUCAAUUUCAAGGUCAUCAACGAUGGAAAAUGCUCAAAGGUCUAGUAGAAGCAGUGCAAGCCCAAAUAGACUAAGCUUGUCACCACGCUCAAGUAGCAAUACAGCUCUGACAAGGACAAGAUCAACGAAUUCGUCUUCUCGAUGUAGCCCACCUCUUUCUCUGCAAUCAUCCACACCAUCACGAAGAUCUCCAACUCCUCCUGGUAAGACAUUAACACCACCACGGAGGUCACCAAGUCCUGCCUCAAGGAGGAUGAGUGCUACUUCAAGUGGACCAACACUUAAUGGAGCAAGGGGAGUUUCACCUGUGAAAACUAAUCGUAGGUCAUCUUCACCAAAAUUUCAAGGAUGGCAGUCAAGUGAUCCUGGUUUCUCUUUUGAUGCACCUCCAAACCUUCGCACAUCUCUGUCAGACCGCCCAGUAUCCCGCUCAAGGGGUGGAUCCCCUUCAUCUUUCAGUGGAUUAAACAUGGUUUCAAGAGGUAGAAGACAAUCGAUGUCUCCUACUCCAUCAAGAAGGGCUAUUUCAUCCCAUAGUACCGAACGAGAUCAUUUCAGUUCAUACAGCAGAGCUUCUGUGACAUCUUCUGGUGAAGAUGAUCUAGACUCUAUGCAGUCUGUGCCAAUUGAUUAUUCCAGCAGUCCAGCUGUAAAAAAAAGCCUGGCAGUGAUGAAGACCAGAACAAUUGCAUCGUCACAGAAGUCAUCCAAGAGUUUUUCUCCUAGUUCUGUCCCAAAGAGGUCAUUUGAUUCUGCUGUUUGGUUGAUGGAUCAUCGCAAAGCACCUCAAAAUAUGUUCAGGCCACUUCUGUCAAGUGUCCCUGCCACCACUUUUGGAGCUGGCAAAGGAAAUAUUGUUCAUCGCCCUACGUUUUCACACAUUUCCUCCGUCACAACAAGCAGUAAUGCCAGUUCUGAACAUGGUGCCACUUAUAGCCCUUGUGUGGACAUUGACCAUGAACGACAUGAUCUAGUUGGUCAAUGGGAAGCAAAUGACAGUCCCAGAAUCCAUGAAGAGAUAUUUAUGUUUGAUAAAUCUGAUGAGCUGAAUGAGGGAUCCAAUUGUCAUCAGCACAGUUUAUCAACUACUUGCAGUGGCUUAGAAAACUCAUCAGGAACAGCCAAUUGUGUAGAAAGCACCAGAGAGGACCUUGAUUUGAAAAGUAGAACAGCUGAUCAGAUUUCAUAUGGUAUUGCAAGUAGUUCUGAGGUUGGAAAAGGUGAAAUGGCCACAUGUACUAGAUGUGGAAAGCUGUUUAAUGUGAUGUAUGUGGCUGGUGGUAAUUAUUGUGAAGAAUGCGAUUUCGGGGAGGGGAUUUUUUCUGCAGGAUCUAAGAUACAAACUACAGAAGGACUGCAUCACAAGGACCAUACAUUUACAGAGUCUAAAAUCUGCAUUCCAUCAGAAGAUUGUCCUAUAACCCUAGAUUGUGUAGAAGAUAGCAUCGAGGCAUCUCUUGACCAUCAGCUAGUGAGCAAUGAACCUCCAGCUGAUCAUUUACAAAGGUGCUCGAUUGAGUCAGUGGUGCACACAAAUGAGGAAAAGAUGUCGGGGAAGCACUUGAUGUAUCUUCAAGAAAAUACUAGUCCACAUGAUAUUAGCGACUCCACAUUGGGAAAUAACAAUGAUACUUCAUCACAUACAUGUUGUGUAAGUGACUAUCAAGAAGUAGAAUCAGCACAUGUGACAGAGUAUGAGCCUCUCAGACUACAAAAAGGUAGCCAACAUCAUGAAAUGCCCCAAUGGCUGUCAGAAUCAGAAUCAGAUUGCCAACGCAAUGAUUUUGUCUCUGAUAUGGUGGCCAGUGGUUCUCAUGAACCUGGGUCAACUGGCUCUACAAGCCUUAAGGUUGAAAAUACUGAGGGCAAUGGUAUAUCGGUACUCCUAUUGGAGGAGACAAGAAGCCAAAAAUGGCCUAUUUUGGAAGGGAGGCCUUUGGUUACUGCCAACAUACAUUGUUUGGAACCCUAUUUUGCGGCAGAUAGUGUCAGUUUGAUGAAGCGUAGCUUUGGACGGGAUAGCUCCUCAGCUUCUUCUUCCAUUGAUCUAGGUUCAUCAAGGCAAUCAGAUGCACGCUUUGAGCGUCUUAAAAGUGGCAAGACGAGUGACUCUGAGAAGUCUCAAAUAAGUUGUCAAAGCAUUGCUCCAGUGUCGGAUAUGCUGAUUAGCGGUUCAUCAGCUUCACAUUGCCCUCAGAGUUAUGUAAAUGUAGAUGCUUGCCACCCGAUCUGUAGUUUGGAUACAAGUGCUUCGAGAACUGGGGUUUUUGCCGAAGAACAUCAUGAAUCUUGUCAAGAAGCUCUUUCAAGUGCUAUAGAGUGCUGGUCUGUUGCACAAGCCAUUGUAAAUGAUGAUUGCAAAGCAGUCGAAGAUGAACUAACUCAGAAUCAAGAUACAGAAAGGAUGGUUCAUGAUGAUAAUUUAGGUGUUAACAUGUGUUCAUCAUACACUGAAGUGCCAAGUGACAUCCCCCAGUCCUCUGCUGCUGACGGUAGCUUCAUACAAAACACAGAGGAAGAUAUUCUAGAAGCUCCUGCCAUCACUGACUACUCAAUUGAAACUCUAGAACACCCAUGUGAUGAGAACAGUUCUGAUAUUCCUAGAAUUCUGUUUGAAGAGGUUGCAGAUGCUGCAGAAGAAAGCAAGUUGGGUGAUUGUUGUGUAUCAUCUAUCCCAGAUGAGGUUGUGUCAGUUUCUUCAAGAUAUGCAACCAAAGAUGAAGGAUCGGGGAAACAAAUUCAGAGAUGCUUCACUUUAGAAGAGGCUACGGAUACAGUUCUCUUUUGUAGUUCCAUUGUUCAUGACCUAGCAUACAAGGCUGCAACAAUUGGACUGGAGAGAGAGCAGGAAGCCGAACUCGCUUAUGCCCCUCGGCCAACACUUACCAUGGUAGAAAAAUUCAUUCCAAGGGAGGAUAGUUUGUUGAGAGGUCCUCACAGGCGAACGACGAGGCGCAAGGUUGAAAGGAAAAUACCAGAAGGUGAAUACAUCACAGAUACUGCCAGUACAGAAGUAAUUACUAAAGAGCCAGUACCUGCACGUUCUUCUGAAAUUACUACUACAUCUGAUAGCUUGAAGCCUCCAAAGAUAGAAUCUAAGUGCAACUGCACAAUUAUGUGAGUUAUCCAUGAUUCUAAUGUACAACCAUUGAGACCUGGGAGUGGGAUCUGAAGACCAUAUAUACUAGUUGCAUUGCCACUAAAGAUGAACCCUGCACCAGUUCAGCAAAUCAGCAGGUUUCUUGUGAGAAUUUUCUGGCCACGGUGUAUUUGUUUUCCUUUUUUUUUUCUUUUUGGUAAUAGAGGUGCUUGGGCUAUUCUUUUGUAAAUUCUUCCUUCCCCAUUUUGCUCUGUAUGUUAAUUCUACGUUCUGCGUGCCGUGUGAUUAUAUUUUAGUUUGCCAAAGAAAUGAAAUUUCGGUUCCCACGUAAAGAAAAUGUGUACCACUUCUGCCUCAUAUCAUAUG